UUGCCCCUCAACAGCCACUGGAUGGUGCUGGCUUCCACGAGCAGACGCCGAUCCGGCUAUCCACCAGCACCGCUGCCGGCAGCGCCGCUUGUUCGAUGAGAGGAAAUUCCACCUGGUUAGUCAGAGAAAUUGAGGACCAAAUCUUUCUCCAAUUAAGAAAAUGCACCAGUCUCCAAGAACUAAAGAAGAUCCACGCUCAAAUCCUGGUCUCUUUCCUCUCCCAAAGCAGCUUCCUUUCAACCCAAAUCAUCAACAUCUGCAACGUCAAUGGCAGAAUCGAUUGUGCUCGUCAAGUCUUCAACCAAGUUCUCGAUCCCAAUAUAUUCCUUUACAACGCCAUGAUCAAAGCUUGCACCCAAAGCCUCCGUUUCAUCGAAGCUAUCGAUCUCUACAAGCGAAUCCUAAGCCGCUCAAAAUCAGGCGAUAGAUUUACUUAUCCUUUCGUCCUCAAAGCUUGCGCAGGGCUUGUUCAUCAUCAACUUGGGAAGCAGAUUCAUCUCCGAACAAUCACUUCCGGUCUGAGCUCUAAUCCUUUUGUCAACAAUUCUCUUAUAGAGAUGUACGCCAAGGUAGAUGAUUUGAUUAACGCGCAGAAGGUGUUCGACGAAUUGUCCCUUAAAGACCCGGUUGCCUGGAACAUACUGAUCAGCAGUCAUGCGAGGUUAGGGCAGAUGAAGAAAGCCAUUGAUAUCUUCAAUUCCAUGCCGAAUAGAACCUUAGUCUCCUGGACUAUAAUCAUCUCCUCUCACUCAAUGGCUGGUCGUUAUUCUGAAGCAAUUGCAAUUUUUCGCUGUAUGCAAAUGGAAGGUUUCGAGCCUGAUGAAGUGAGCAUUGUCUCCGUUCUGGCCGCGUGUGAUAUCGAGCUUGGAAAAUGGAUUCAGCUCUAUUCAGAAAAACAUGGAUUUCUCCAGAAAACUUUUGUUUGCAAUGCUUUGAUUGAAAUGCACUGUAGGUGUGGGAGCAUUGAGCAAGCUCUACAGAUUUUCAAAAAAACUCCUGAAAAAGAUGUUAUUUCCUGGAGCACUAUGAUUUUGGGUCUUUCGAUGAAUGGGAGAGGAGAAGAAGCUGUGAAACUGUUUGUACAAAUGGAGGACGAGAGAAGAGUAAGGCCAAAUGGUGUGACUUUUCUUGGGCUAUUAACUGGAUGCGCUCAUACUGGGUUGGUGCAACAAGGGCUUCAGUAUUUCAGUUCGAUGAAAGAGAUUUAUGGAAUUGAACCUGGAGUCGAGCAUUAUGGUUGUAUCGUCGAUCUUCUGAGUCGAUCGGGAUUCAUCUCUUCUGCUGUGGAGUUCGUCGAUAACAUGCCGAUUUCACCGGAUGCACCUAUCUGGGGUUCUCUGCUCAGUGCCUGUGCAAGUCAUGGAAAUGUAGAAGUAGCAGCAAUGGCGAUGGAGGAGUUGGCGAAGCUGGAACCAGAUGACUUAGGAAACUAUGUGCUUCUAUCAAACAUGUAUGCUGGAGAGAAAAUGUGGGAAGAUGUGGGGAAUAUGAGGAGAUUAAUGAGAAACAGGUUUUUGAAGAAAAAGCCUGGAUGCAGCUCUAUACAAGUUGGUGAUGGAGUUCAAGUGUUCAUGUCUGGGGAUGGGAGACACUUAAGAAAUGUUGACAUGGCUGAUAUGUUAGCUAUGGUUGCCAGGAAAAUUGGAGAUUUUAGCAGUAUAGAAAGUGAGGUAGAAGAUAAUGAUUAUUUUGAGGCAUUUUUGUUUUUGUAAGGUCUGAAAGGAAUGGAAAUUGUUUGGUUUUUUGGGGGCUACUUGGCAACAAGUAGCAACAACAACAACAUCAAGUCUUUGUCCAACUAAGUGUGGGGUCAGCUACAUGAAUCCUUUUUCAUCAUUGUGUCCUGUUAAAAGUCAAAUUCUCAUUUAAAUCUAAUAAAGAAAGAUCAUUUCUAAUAUUUUCUAACCAAGUCUUUUUAGGUCUACCUCUACCUUUUUUAACAUAAGUCAAAUCUAAUACCUCAAUUUUCCUAACAGGGUCAUCGGAAGGCUUUUGUUUAAUGUGAUCAAACAAUCUAAGGUAACUCUCU